AUGGUGGAUCUUUCCAUCGUGGUUGGGACAGUUUCCCAGGUCGGGUAUGGGGUCCGGCGGGCCCAACUCCGUUUUCUCCAGGGCGUCCUCAGCUCCAAGCAGCUGCAGCCGGCCUUGUCCGGGGCCCUGACCACGCUGCGCUCCCUGACGCCGCGACCGGAGCCGGCGGCGGAGGUGGAGCCCGGGAAGUCCCUGGUGGCGGCGGUGGGCUUGGUGAAGCGCCUGGCGCUCGCGGCGCCUCAAGCGCCCAGUGCUGCUGAGGCGCUGGAUGCCUUGCAGAGCGCCCUGCUGGGAGGAACCUCCAGCUCUGCAUGGGCCGUUUGGGCACAGCAGUGGCAGAAGGAACUGUCAUCAAAGACCUACAGCAACGAGUGCGUCAGUGCACUGGUCACAGCAGUGUGCGACUUGCUCCCCAGCCAGCUGGAGCGCGCCAGAAGCAUGGCGCAGCUGCUGCUUCAGUUCUCAGUACCCUCGACACAGUGGCUCCCCCUGACCUUGCCCCGACUUUUGGCCUUCAACGCGCUAAGCCUCAGCGAGGCCACUUCGGCCACUUCCCAAGAUACGGAGCUUAGCAACGUGUUGCUGAAACGUUCCGCGGACGUCUUCCAAUCACAAGAUGCAAAUGGACACAAGGAGAGCGUGCUGGCCUUCACGGAUGCCUUGGAUCGCUCCAGCGGAACGAGCUUCGCCGUGGCCACGGCCAAGGCGCUGGGCCUUCCGUCCUCCGUGCCGCAGCUCGCCCACGGCUUCACGACGGAUCUCUAUGAAGGAAGUCUGCCGAGUGUGGAAGCCAUCCUUCAGCGAGCUGAGGCCGCCAGGCGCUUCUUGCGCACUUUGAUGCGGCACCUGCCAGCAGAUCAGGCCAAGGCGGUGCAACGGCGGCUCUUGGAAUUUGUGGCCUUGAAUAGCCGGGAACCCUUGGCCAACUGCAUUGGGUUGUUGCCCGGCAUCCUCCCGGACGCCUGUGUCCACAGCUGGACCUUCUGUCGCAAGACCAUGCCGGCCGUUUGCAGAUGUGCCUCAGGUGCCGAUCCCGACUUGGCAAACUCGCCUGGCGCCCCUGGCGCUGAGACUUUGGCUCUUGAGGCUUUAGAGGCUUUAGUGGAAUCCUGCCCCAAAGAAGAGGUGUCCAUCUUGCUGGAGAACUUCCGAGACACCUUUGGAAGACUUCUGCGAGGCGGUCACGCAGCGCUCAGCGAGAAGGAAGGCCUCGGCGCGGCGCUCUGCUGGGCCUCUGUCACGGCGGCGCUGCUGCGCCGGGACAACGCGCAGCAGCAGGCCGCGGGCUUCCUGGAGGCGUUGCUGGCGGCGCUGGACGAUGAAGCGGUGGUGGGGCCCUUUGUUCCAAUGGCCUUCCGGGUCUUGGCACCGGUGAAGGUGGAGUCAGCGAAAGCCUCGCGAGCGAAGUUGCCUCCGCUGGCAUUGCAGCAGUUGUCGCGGACCGUGCUACCAUCGUUGAUCGCCAGAGCUAAGGGCGUCAAGGCCGUGGAGACGGCACCCUGGGCCAAGCGCGCCGCUCUGGAGUCGGCGGUGGCAUUGCUGGCAGGCCUCAGUCCAGAGGUUGCGUGCAAUGAUUGCAGUGAAGAACUGCGGUUCUGCACCUUAACGUCACUGAAGCGCCUCAAAGACGAACCGGAGGCCACUGUCUUUGCAGCGCAAGUGCUGCAGCUGCUGGUGCGGGCCAUCCAGAAGCAACAGUCCUGGGUGGAGGACGACCUGCACUCGGUGGUCACUCCCAUUUGCGACCUCUGCAGCAGUCACCGAGUUCCUUUGGUGCGGUUGGGCUGCUUUCAAGUGUUGAUUGCGCUCAUUCAGCAGGCUUUUGGGCAUUUGGCGCCCUUCAAGAAGCAAAUUCAGGCGGGCUGCAAGAACGGCGUGGAGGAUCGCUGCCGCGAGGUGCGGCUCCUGGCCGUGGCGGCGCUCAACACCUGGCACUGUGUUGGUUCGCAAUGAGCUGAGACAUGCUGAGAUCUCUAGAUGUCUCCGCACCACGCGCGGGACGAGAAAA